CCUUGAUCACCGCAGCGAACAAACAAUAUGGCAGACCCAUAACAAUUUUAAUUUUUUGCUUAUUAGCCGCUUUUAUUUUCGAGUUUUGAAAUACCGUUGAAUUUGGAAAAUUACACGAUGCAUAUAAUGCCGCAUCAUCAUGGCUGAAGGAGGAAAUUAUUCAUUUUUCAAUCAUAAUCUACGCACAGCCGCGAUGAAGCAAUCGUUUGACCGACCAAAGCUUCUUCACCAGCGGCAAUCUCAAUCAGCUGGAAAUAGAUCAGAUUCAUCAUCAUCCCACAAUGAUAAGGUGCUAUUGGUCAAAGAAGUAAGCGAUCAAAACGUGAAAUUUGCCCCACAUCCUCCUACUUCUCCGCGUUCUAAUUCGCGAACUUCCGGCGAAGGGAGUCCUCGUUUGGCGGCGUUGAAUUCAAAAGGAAUCAAAAGAACUCACAAUGAAUCGCCCAGAAACUCUGCUUCUGGAUCAGAAGACGAAAGGAGAAGUCAUAAACAUGUUCCGAAUGUUGCGCUAGAUCCGUUACCUUUGAAACGUGGAGGAAGCACGGGAAGUUUGGAUAGCAUUGGUUCCAAUGAAUCUUUUGGUAGCCCUCGCGAUAAGAAUAGUCGAAGUAUCAAUCGCAAUCUUAGGGGUAUACAACCUCUGAAAGAUAUCGGGUCAGAAAAGGAUCUCGUUUAUAGCUUUAAAUCUAAUCAGAAUAGCGUCAAAAACGAUGAUUUUGUGAAGAAAGUUUUGAAAAAGAAUGUUGUCCAUCCUUUGAGGGUUGAGCCACAGCAAGUUAAAUCAACAGAUGACAUCUCAACACAGACAGAAUCAACAUAUAUUCAUCCAAAAUCUGAACAAUCAAUUGAAGUGAAAAAUGAGACCCCUGCAGACGAUGAAACUACAUUGUCCUCCUCAAAUGAUAGCCUAACCAGUGUAAGCGAUGAUGAAGAAAAUUCAUUGAGCGUUAGUGAUGCUGAAGGAAAAUCAGAGGGCAAGGGAAACCAAAGGGACCCCAAUUCUACUCUCCCUACCCUUCCUGACCAAUCGAAUGCUAAAACACAAGGAGUUAACCCAGCUGGUUUGUGCGAGGAUGUGACUAUCAAGGCAAGCAAUCAUUAUGAAAAUGAUCCAACCAAGCAAGGCCAUGGCAGAACUCUUAAAGCAAAUGCAUCAGGAUUAUAUGAGAGCAUACAUCCUGAUGAAACAAAUAAGGACAAUAUUCAAUGUAACUCUGCUUCUGAUCUGCAACAACUGAGUAAGGCAUUAGAACAGGUAGCUAGUAAUGAAAGGUGUUCAUCAGAAACAGAUUUGUCAUAUUGGUCAACUGGAGGAUUCUCAAGCACAACAAGAUCAAUGGUACUUCCCCAUGUCUCGGCAAGAAGGGCAAGGACAAGAAGUGGCAACUUUUUAAAGGAGGAAAUGGAACGUUAUUUGCCUGAUAGAAAAAUUGGAAUAUUUGUUGCUACCUGGAAUAUGCAUGAGGAAAAGGUAAGCUUAUGCUUUAACCUCUGGAAUGGAUACCGGCAAUGAAUGGACUUUUUAUCCAGAUGUUUGAAGAAAAUAGAUAUUUUAUGUUAAAAAAAAAAAGGUUGUCAUUCAUUUUCCUGUCAAAUGCAAAACAACUGGGCUUCAAAGAAAGUGUAAAGGACAUUGCUCUAUUUUAGUUUAACCUUUCAACCCCUAAGAGUGAUUUGCAUCUAAUUUCUCCCUACAAUAUCACCCCUGAGUCACACAUUAAGGUCAUGAGAAUAAAGGAAAUGAUCACCAACUAAAGAAGCUCUAGAUUGUCAGCUCAGUUGGUAGAGUGCUGCACCGGUAUCGCAGAGGUCAUGGGUUCAAAUCCUGUACAGGCCUGAAUUUUUUUUCAGGCCUUAUUUUCACUACUGCCUAAGUAGUGCACAUUACUGCAAGGAUCACUUUCAUUCACGAAGCUCUAGAUUGUUAAACAAGUUCUCCUUGUCAGCAAGUUAAAAAAUGUGUAGAGAACAGUAUGGAGAAUAUGCAUACUGGUGUUAGGGUGUAAAGGGUAAAUACACAGCAUUUGACGACUGGUCAUAGAUGCGAAUCCGAUUUUGUUGUGAUUUUGAAUUGUCUAGUUUCCAAUCCCUUUGGGAUUUUAUGUCCCUUUGAUGUAGACUGCAUGAAUAUUAACUUCAAUGACAUAUAUCAUCUUUGAUCUUUUGAUUUCAUUUUUCCUCAAACAGGAAGUUCCAUUUUACUUAGAUGACUUCCUAAUACCAGACUCAACUGACGUUUUACAAGAUCUUUAUGUCAUAGGCUUGCAAGAAAGUACAUCUCAGCGGUAAUGCUUACACUCUGUGUCAUGAGUUUCCAUAGACUAAAUUGAUAUUUAUUCAUUGUUGUGAUGAUUGAGGAUAGAUUGACUUCACUUUUUUCUUUUAAAACAAUCUUUGCAGUAAAGAAUGGGAGAUCCGUCUUCAAGAAACCCUUGGCCCAUCACAUGUGUUGAUGUACUCCUGUUCAUUUGGAUUGCUGCAUUUAGCAAUUUUCAUCAGAAGAGAACUUGUCUGGUUUUGUUCUGGUUUGUACAAUCUCCAAACUAUGCAGUGCACUUAUUUUGUUACAGUAGUUAGCAAACUGUUUGGUUUCCUCACUUUAUAAGAUAUUAAAUAUUGAUGUUUAACUGUGUUUGGGGCAUGAUUAACCUAAGACAAUAGCACAACUGUUAUUAGGAAUUGCACACUGCAUGGUAAAUAUCAAUAGAUGUUGUUCAUUUUGAAAAUUUAAUCCUUGUUGCUAAAUUUCAUCAUUUUAGCUUGGUGUUAUUUUCACCAUUCUUAAAUUUUAGUUUCCUUUUGGUUGGCUUUUGCUGUUUAGUUUUCAACUUCCCUGGUGCACAGUCAAUAAAUUCACAGUGUCAAUCAAGCCAUGGGAAUCUUGUUAAAACAAAGGCCACCUUAAGAUCAGUUUUCAGGUACAUUUUUCAAAAUACUAAAAAUAAACUUUCCUUAUUUUUUAGCUGUGAGUGAAGAUAGUGUGUCUACUCGAGUGGGACACAUGAUAAAAACUAAGGUAAAAAUACAUAUCAUUUAACCUAUUUCUUUCCUGUUUUUUUUUCCAUUGACACCAAGAUACUUAUUAGUUUUAAAGCUAACAUGGGGCUUGAAUCUUAUUUUUCCAUAUGCAGUGUCUUUAUAGAUUAAUUGUAAUGAAUGAUUUAUUUGUAAUGUUUAUAUUUUGGAUAACAUAUAUUUUUUCCUACUAAGGGAGCACUGGCAGUUUCAUUCAGCAUUUUUGGAACAUCAUUCCUUUUUAUUGACUCCCACUUUACCUGUAAGUUUUACUUACUGCAUUAGGUUUGCUUCUUAUUGUUGUUUGGAAAAAUCAAGUUUCUUUACUACUCAGUGUUCAUGGUGAAUAUAAUUUUCCAUGAUAAUGUUGUUUCAGUUGUCACUGGGCAUGAAAAAAAUCAACUAGAUGGUUUUGGUUUUUCUUCAACCAUGUGCUUGACUUUGAAAUUUAGUCUCCCGAAUGUGGUGUUUUUUCAUGGGGAAGGGGAGAGGGGUCUGUAGGACUCCAAGAGUUAUACCCUGGCUUGUACAUGAUCAUGCUACACAAUGCCCCAAAUGAGUUAACAAUUCUUGUUCAGGUGAGAAAAAGCUGAACCCUAAGACUUCAGACUAACUUUUAGACCUCAUAUCUUGCAGCGGAUGAGGGUAAAGCUUUGGACCGUGUGAUUGACUACAAGACAAUUUGCAAGUCUUUGUCACUGUCGCCUGAGAAUCAGCCCGAUAGAACCAAUGGUCAGAAUUCAUUGCAAUUAUUCAUUUCUCUGACCACUUCACAUUUAUCUCGAUGUUUGAGAUUAAAAUUUGGCACUUUGUCUUUCUUGUGACAUUCUGUUUUAAUUUAGAUGAAUGAAUGAAAAGCUUUGACUUUCAGGGUGAUCUACUUUUAUUUUUUUGUGCUGUAGAGCUGGACUUAACAGCCAACUUUGAUCGAGUAUUUUGGUUGGGAGACUUUAACUUCAGGGUGACUCUUGGCAGAUCAGAAGUGGAUGGGAUGCUUGAAAAAUAUAAAGAUCAGGAAAACCCUGAGUGUAAAGUUAGUAUGCAGUGGUCAUGACAUGGAUUAAAGUUUUUUUCCUUAUUUUUUUUGCUUGGUGGUGAAGAGAGAAACCUGAUGCUGUGCCUUGUCUACCACUUUAUUUUCUGUGAUCUAUUAACCCUUUAACUCCCAAAAGUGAUUAACAAGUAACUUCUCCCUACAAUAUUCAUACACUAUCCAGCAAACAGGUAAUGAGAAUACUCAAAUGUAUCAGGUAGAAGUUGUUAUCUUGAUCUAACACCAAAUUCUUGUAACUUAUUAACAAGGAAAUGUGUAGCAGCUAGAAGGAAGAAUUGACAAUCUGAUCUUGGGAGCUAUAUAUGCACAGCAGUAUGGAAUCUAUUUGUUAGCAGAUAGAAAUCUUGAGCUCAUAAUUUAAUUGUCAAUGAUGUGUUGAAAUGGUGAGGAGUGUCCAUCAGAAAAAUAGUUUUUAUUAUCCUAUUUAUCUUGCAGGAUUUGUUAGCAAAGGAUCAGCUACUCGACCUUAUGGAGCAAGGUGAUAUAGAAUGUCAUUAAAUUUCCUUUAUUUUUGUUUAGCUUUUUCUUCAUCUGUGAUGGAUCAAAAAAAUAUCGAGUCAUCUUCUCAAGCAAUCAGAAACUACUGAUUUUAGACUGAGUUCUUGUCACCUUCUUGUCUUUUUUUCCCUAUUCCACAUUGGUUGUUUUUUCUACUUUUGUGUUGUGUUUAUGACACUCAUUACUAAGUGCCUUUUUAUCGUUUUAUACUCAGCCACAAAUAAUUUAAAUCUUCUUUUUGUGCUUUUAAAAAUCAAACAUCACCCAUAAUAUCAACACGCUUUCUUUUUUGUAACAGGAAAAGUGUUUGUUGGGUUCACGGAACCGCCCAUCAAAUUUUUACCAAGUUACAAGCAUGACAUACAAAGUGACAACUAUGACUCCUCAUCGAAAAACAGGACACCAUCUUGGACGGUGAGAUAAGUUCUCUCCUUCGAUUCACUUAAACUAAGAGAGACACUUAAACUCUUCUCAUCUUUUCUUUUUGCACACCUCUACCCAUUGGGUGCAACUCAAGUUGUUUUUUCGAGGCCUUGCGUAUGCCUCAAACUCGCCCUCUGGAGCACGAAAACCAAAAGAGACGCAAAGCAAUUUUCAGUGGAGAGUCUGAAGUAAUCCUGGGUCGCUCUGCUUUUGCUCUUCUUUGCCACGCGAUUGUUCCAGAAGUUCGCAUCAUCGUCUCAACUAAGCGGAUGCAAAAAUAUUAAACCCAAUCGCGAUUUAGUCCAACAGUUUUCCUCUUUUCACUCUAAGUUCUCAUUGGUUAAUGUCGACCCUCGUUCUGAUUGGUCGUUGUGAUUAUUCUGGUUUUACGUCACUUAAUUGAACAAAACACUAUGUGCAUGUGUUUGUUUUCAUCAUUAAAAUGUAGUCAGACAUUAGGCCCUUUCUGCAGCCGUUAUUUUGGAUGUGGGGAUCGUUGCAUGGUAUCUCAAGGAACGAAUGGGGAGUAGACUAGUCAGGCCUAUAUUCAUACCCUACUUUCUGCAGACUUGAGCUACUACUUGCGUUGUAUUGAAGCACAAAUGAAGGAGCGUGUAAUGAUUCGUUUGUUCUAUCUUGUCUAUCAGGAUCGUGUUCUUUACCGCAGCAAAGAUCCAUCAAGCAUCCAACCUGUGCUGUACAGCAGCUGUGUCUCUGUCAAAACUUCAGAUCACAGGUGAAGAUCAGCAACUACAACACAGUUUUUUUAGUAUCAUCAACUGAGUUGAUAACGUAAAUUGGCCACCGUAAAGAGUUUAAAUGCUGACGUUUCAUCACUCUGACGAGGGGCUAACGCUCGAAACGUCAGCUUUUAAACUUUUUACGGUGGCCAAUUUACGUUAUCAACUUAGUUGAUAAUACUAAAUUAUCCUGUUAUACUCUCUCACCGACGCAGCACCAAAGUUUCUUUAGGAACUUACCCCCUUUAUACAACAUAGUUUUGUUUUGUAAUUAUGUGUUGAUACUUUCCAGAUGAAUCAUUGGUUGGCCUGUGCUAAUAAUUGUUCUUGUUCUUCUUCCAGACCCGUGUUUGGCAUUUAUCAAGUGGAACUCGACCCUUGCCGGGAAAAGUAAGUCACCGACUCUGCUUUACACUGUAGUGGGGAUGAGUGAAGGCCAGAGUGCGUCGUGUGUCGCAGGAUCCAAGAGUGUAGUUUUUCAGAGUUAUUGUCUGCGAUAUAGGCCGAAUGCAUUGCUUGUGUAACAGCUGUUUUAUUAUUUUUACUCAACAGUAUUCCUUUGACUGGUGGCCAGUUUAUGCGAGAUGUUUAUAUUGAAGGUACAACAAUUUGUUGCUUAAGCCUGACAUCGCUCUAUAAUAAUUUAAAUAGGAUCGAAGUCUUAGUCCUUUGUGUCUCAGUUUUUCUUUUUUUCCUACUUAAUCUCUAAACUUCUAUUCGUUCAUUUUUUGAAACAGCCAAUCGUAGACGGUCGGUUGGGUCCACGUCCCAAGGACAAAGUUCUGUAUGUGUCAUCCUUUAAGUGUCAAGAAUCCAAUUCAAAAGGCCAGGGGAUCACGCAUGUAAAAUAAUGCACACAAAUAUAUUUUAUUGCGUCGUGAAUCUUGUAAAAAGUUAUAUUAUAAAGAAGAUUCGCUCAAUCCAUUGUCGUUGCUUAUUUAUUUUAUUUAUACAUGUCGGUAGGAGUACAUGUCAACUUUUUUCAUCAGGUUGUAAACCGAAUGUUCAUAUUUUUAAGUCUCAGCGUCUUCCUUCUCUCGAGUUGUUCGAAUGAUAAUAAAAUAAGCACAAACGAAGUACAA